GACCCAUCCCUCAUGUACUGAGAUAGCACGCUGCAGAUUUAAAGACCCUGCUCUUAUCCGUAAUUCUCAUAACGGACCCGCUUGUGUUAAACCGAGGUCACCAUGCUGUUGACUUUGCUGGCGGACGUCCUCUUAACUAUGUCGGCCCUCCAAAUUGUGGCCUCUGAUCAGAUCACGGCUCCAGAUCCCUGCUCGGCCUACAUCAGUCUGAAUGAGCCCUGGAGGAAUACUGACUACCAUGUCAACAACUCAGCUGGUGUGCCCUUGUGUGACCGGCAUGUAGCCGGUGAGUGGUACCGCUUCACUGGUAUGGCCGGUGACGCCAUGCCCACCUUUUGCGUUGAGGAGAACCACUGUGGCACCCACGCACCAAUCUGGCUCAAUGGCACCCACCCAAUGCCUUCCGAUGGCGUCGUCACAUUGCCUACAUGUGCAAGCUUCAAUGAUGACUGCUGCCACUGGCAUGGGACUGUGGAUGUGAAAGCUUGUCCCAGGGGUUACUAUGUAUACCGCCUGCCGCGCCCCUCGGUAUGCUUCCACGUGUACUGUGGCCAUUUCUACGACAUCUGUGACGAAGUGGAGUGCACUGGUCCAGACUGUCCACUGCAACUUGAGUGCCGUUGCCCUGCUGGGACUGUUUUGGGGCCAGACUCCCAGACUUGUCUGGACAUAAAUGAGUGUGAGAGUAGCAAUGGUGGAUGUGCUGAAAUGUGUUUGAACACCAAGGGCGCAUGGCGGUGCGAGUGUGGCCCAGGCCGAGUACUGGAUGCCGAUGGCCGGACCUGCAGCGAGAUCGCGGGCUGCCACAACGUGAAUGGAGGAUGUAGCCAUGGAUGCUCAUCAGAGGAUGACUCGUAUUACUGUCACUGUCCAAGAGGCCUAACGCUGGGGGAGGACAAGCGAAGCUGCGAGGUGCCUGUGCAUUGUGAUCCCAGCUCUAUUGAUGUCUCUGUUCCCAAAGACCUUGUGGGUGGCCUGGAGCUCUUUUUGUCAAAUUCCUCUUGUCGUGGAGUCUCUAAUGGCACUCACAUCAACCUUCAUUUCAGCCUGAAGACCUGCGGCACCGUGGUCAAGGUAAUUGAUGACAGAAUUAUCGGCACAAAUCUGGUCACCGGACUGCCAAAGUCAAGUCCGACCAGCAGUGGAGAUGUAAUUGUGCGCACCAGCAAACUUUUGCUGCCCAUAACGUGCGAGUUCCCGGGUCACUACGAUGUAUCAGACGGUUACCUUCCCAGUGUACGCAGCUCUGCACUGGAGCUGUCAGGACACAGCGAGGGCAUCUUUCCCUUCACGCUGGAGCUGUUUAAGAAUGCAGAGUUCUCUGAGCCGUACAACAGUCCUCCUCAGCUGCGCUUACGUGAUGCGCUGUACUUCGGCGUGGCGCCACGUGAGCGUGUGGAGGGCCUUGCUGCACUCGUGGAGACCUGCUUCGCCACGCCUGGCCCCGACGCUGACCAAGUCCUCAAAUAUUACCUCAUUAAAGACGGCUGUAUUUCGGAUGAGACGGUACGCCAGCUCUCAGCUAAAGAUCAGCUCUCCAAACACUACCAGGUUCCUGUCUUCAAGUUCAUCGGCAGUGACAACAGGGAGGUGUACCUGCACUGCCGGGUGGUAGUGUGUGGCGAAGGAGAGUCACGCUGCACACAGGGCUGUCGCAGACGUCUGAGGCGAGACCUCUGGACUGAACAACACCAGGAGGAACGCACACUAACCGGAGGACCCAUUCUCAUUCUGCCAGAUCUGUAACACACACACACACACACAGAUCUGACAUCCACCAUUCCAUCUAUAACCUUAAUGCCAGUUACACAGACCCCAUUAACCCCAUACUGACAAUUGAAACUGAAUGUGUUCGGCCAUUCUGAUACUAUCAAACGUGCACACUGUACAUCUCAGCCUCAAUUCAACUCAUAAACGCACCGACAUCACACACCCGUACCUGAGCCGAUAAAACUCCCUCUUACGUCAUCAUAGAUGAUUCUUGCCUCCGAGUUCAUGGAAGCACUGAAGCGUCGACAUCCGUUUUCUUAGCUAGUCCUUAGCCAUUCCAGAAUAUAACCUUUAAUACAGAAUGUGCAUUUAUGUCAAUUACAAAUGAUCAUGACAGCAACAUUUGCAUACAGUUUUACUAUGCGAGUGCUUUGGCAUUUUCAUAUGAAUUAUGCAUAAUACAUUUUUUAUAUAUAUAUAUAAUAUAUAUAUAUUGUAAUAGUUAUGUAAUAUGUCAUGUUUGACAUGGAUUAAUAUUAUUUUGCUCAAAAUAAAUGAAUUUUGCUUGCAAUUUGUUGCAGGCGUGUUAGCGUGCAAAAGUAUUACUGUAUUAAAAUUCUGCGCUAAUGAAUUCUAUGCUAAUGUCACAGCGGACUGUGCCAAAACAUCGGCAUACGUUUUGAAACGCCAUACAUCUAUAAUAGGGGUGUAAUGCAAUGCCACUUUGUAUAUCUGUAUUUGUUUAGUGCUCCAAAUAUCCAUAUCUAUAUUCAGAUUUAAAAGCAAAAUGGGUGUGGCCUAAACCAAAAAAAAAAAGGUUUUUAAUUCUUGUUUGUUUAUUUAUUUAUUUGUUUAUUUUUAUGAACCCUACCACUAUGCACCUGGAAACACAGGAAAUCACUGGGGACCAAUCCCAGAGGUUAAAAUGUAGCACUGUUAGCAUGGUGUGUGAAUCCCUCGACCUCAGCUACAACAAUCCAGUUCAUAAUGAGUCUCAAGAGUUCCUAAUCAUCCAGAAACAUAAACGAACCCUAGCCUAAUUUUAACCCGCGUCAUCUUUACAAACGAUUAACAAAUGAACACGGCCCUUCUUUCCCCCUCAAGCUUCAUAUCGGACCACUUGCUUGAACAUGCAUGAAAAUACAAACCUCCCAUGGAAUCCAAGUCCUGAUGCCCACCUCGAGUCCCAACCAGAUGUCCUGUGAAUCUUUCAGGCAGUCCUCCUAAAAAAAUAUCUUUUCAUCUGUACUUGUAUCUCUUCAAUCCGAAUAACAUAUUCGCGUCCGGUUGCAUCGUUACUACAUAAUCAAAUACGUAGCUAUAUCUGUAGACACAGAUUUACCAGAAUGAUUUCCUACUGAAAAGCCAUUUUAGUCAUGUAUGGAGGAAAAACACUUACAAUAUGUGAAGAGCCAGACAAGUCUGAUAUUUAUUCAGAAUAACAAGAGGUUCAAAAUAACUUAGUGAUGUUUAGAAGAUGAAUCAUGUUCAUGAUAUUCUUGUGUCUUACAAUGUUUAUAAUCUGUGUGAAAUGAAACCACUCUUUUGCAAUGUAGAUACCAGUGUUUGGAUUGUAUAAACGGGUGAAAAGUUUAAUGGGCAGCGCUACACUUGAAUAAAUUACGAAUAUAUUGCAUUUUAUCUCGGGUGCACACUGACAUUGAAAGAAGAAGAAGAAGAAGGAAAAAAAAAAGUACUUCCAACCAGUCGUAAUGUAAUGUGCUGUUCGA